GCUUCUCUCCGCAGCAGGAGUUCCUGAAGUUCCUGCACUUCCUGGACACCUCAGACCCUCCACGUACCGUUUCCAUGCCGGUGGUCCCCGUUCUUCCCCCGCAGGCUCCUCUCUCCUCAGCCCCGGUCUAGCAUCUUCCUGACAGACCCGCUUUCACCCGAACAACUACCGGGAGCUCCGGUCGGGUCUGAACCGGGCUAGCUGGGAGGCUAGCGGAGCGUUAGCCGGUAGCCAGCGGGGUCCAGGCUCGGUCCGGGCGGCGAGCAGAUGGAGCGCAGCAUGGCCGGAGGGAACCACAGCCAGGCGGCCGAGGAGAAGGCAGCGAGCCGGGGUCAGAGCGAAGUGAACCGGAGGCUGAAGUACAUCAGUCUGGCCGUGCUGGUGGUCCAGAAUGCGUCGCUCAUCCUCAGCAUCAGAUACGUCCGCACGCUGCCGGGCGACCGCUUCUUCACCACGUCGGCCGUGGUCAUGGCGGAGCUCCUGAAGGUGCUGACCUGUCUGCUCAUCAUCCUGCUGCAGAAGAGCUUCAGCGUGAAGGAGACGGCGCUCUUCCUGGUGGACGCCAUCGUGUUUCAGUACAAAGACACUCUGAAGCUGGCCGUUCCGUCGCUCAUCUACACUCUGCAGAACAACCUGCAGUACGUCGCCAUCUCCAACCUCCCGGCCGCCACCUUCCAGGUGACCUACCAGCUGAAGAUCCUGACCACGGCUCUGUUCAGCGUGAUGAUGCUGAGGAAGUCUCUGUCGAAAGUUCAGUGGGUCUCUCUGCUGCUGCUGUUCGCCGGAGUCGCCAUCGUACAGGUGCGUCCGCUCACCUGCAGCUCACCUGUGUUCACUCUGACCUCCUGCCGUCACUCUGACCUCCUGCCGUCACUCUGA